UUUACAUCACUGACAUGUUUGUUUCGAAUAUUUUUUACCUAUUAUAACAGUCAAAUAAGGGUAAAUAAUUAAUCUCAGGUUUCUCUCUGGUAAUAAUAAUAAAGUUGGAUUAAUGCAAGACACGAAUGAAAUUGAGAAAGCGAUGAAGUCUUUUUCAUUGUGCGAAAAAAAUAUAAACGAGCACAGAAAAGCCAAUAUUGUUUACCAGUGUGUGAAAGAAGCAUCCUUGAAUCACCAAGAUGUUCUGUCUAAGAGCACAGCAAACAAAUUGCGAGUACUGCUCUUAAAUCAUGAACUUGACAAGUAUAUGCAUCUUCCUUCAUCAAUAAAACAUAUGCAGGAUGAACUGAUGCUUUUGGGAAUUAUUGAUUUACCAUCAUCUGAUUUAAAUCCUGAUGAGAAAUUAGAGAUUAAAUGCUGCAUUGAAACAAUGCUUCGAGAAAAAAUACACGAUAUGAUAUUAAGAUAUGAAGAAUUAGGAGGAGAUGUCAAAAAGGCAUUGAAGAGCGAUGAAUGCAAUGUUCAUAUUAAAUUUCCAUAUUAUGACAUAUCAGCAGUAGAGUGGAAGAAUAAAAUUGAGGAAUUAAUUUUGCAAUGCAAAAGCGAUUCUCUGAAAUACAUAAAAUUAAUCGACAAAUGGAAUAAGAUGAAAUAUGAGGAUAUGAACCAAGCAUAUUUGGAGAAAGCAGAACAUUUACUACUGCAGGCGCAAGUUGCCGAGCUGCAAGCAAAACUAACAAAUCUUUCUUGUACAAUCAGAAUGUUCAAGGAGACCCCAACCACAGUCAUCGCUUUCAAAAUGCUAAAUCAACUAGUUGAGGGGAAAUUGAAAGCAAUCCAAGAUGAAAUUCGUCAAAAGGAAGAUUUAAAGAAGCUUUAUGACAAUUUGAGAAACACAGAAUAUGAUAAGAUAUUGGAAAAUUACUCGCAGCUUUGCAAUGCAAUAAAAAAAAAGAAACAUAUUUUAGACAAGUUAAAAUAAAA